AUGUUUACAUUGAGAGAAGAUGGAACCUUUGGCACGGGUUUGGGUAUCAAUCUAGACGUCCGCGUUGAUAGCAAACCAUCCUUUGAUGUGUUUGAUGCUUUGGACAACUCGAUCCAGGAUUCAUUCCCAACUACUUUUGAAGAUGUCGACGAGUACCGGGAUGUCCAACAACAACCCAGUCGAAGCUUUGACGAUGAAUUACGAAUUGGUGCAACGUUGGAGCAUCACGACGAGUUUUUCAGCGAGGAGGAACAACACCUUCCCGACGACAUCUCGUUGGACACGUUGGAGGAGUUUGGCUCUAUACCUUUCUGUCCUGUCGAGGAACCACGAGUCCCCAAGGCUUUUGGAUCGGAGGAGCCCUUUUUCGGUUUGAACGAUCCACAAGAAACCGUCACGCCAGAAGUUGCCGCCACAAUUGAUGACAUUAUCAAUGAAGCGUUUUCAGGUUUCUGCUCACCACCUCAUUCCCCUGUCGAGGAAGCAACCGGCUAUAAUGACGUUCUACCGUUCCACAACAUUGACGAAGAAACCAAUGUCAACCAUCAAAUGAUGAUGCAAGAGUCUUACGCUCCAGUUGCUUCCAUAAGCACCGCCGCUGUUCCAUCAAGUACGACUCGUACCGUGUCACCUUCGUUGUAUUACUCGGGCGAGGACUACCGUGCCGAAUGGGCGCAACGCAUACCAGAAAUUGAUUUCUUUGCCCAAGCCAUUCGUCAACCCGGUGGUUUACGGGAGAUUCCCAUUGAAAACCGGGAUCUCCUUGGUGGUCAAAAUUACAUCGUCAAGACUCCAUUGGGUCUAGCUGUGCUGUUGAAUUGCGAGGAUGAUCCCAACCGUGCCAAUGCUCAGCAACCAUCCUCCAACGUUUUGGGCCGCCGCCGCAAGUUCCAGCGUUGGUUGGAAGAGGAGGACGAAAUCCUCAAGCAAGCCAUCGAGGCGGAAGGUAGCCCUAAAGUCAACUGGAAGCGUAUUGCCUCCAAAUACUUUUCCAAUCAGAGAACUGCUUUGCAAUGCAAGAGUCGUUGGACCAAGUCCGUCAAGCCAGGAGUUGUACGCGGUCCCUGGACUAAAGAAGAAGAUGCCUGCAUCCUUCGGCUCCAACAAGACGGCUUGAAAUGGCCCGAAAUUGCCGAGUACUUGCCUGGUCGACUUUCCGAAAACAUUUCGGAGCGUUUCAGCAACGUGCUGGACCCUAGUUUGAAGAAAUCUCCCUGGACUCGUGAGGAGGAUCAAAUUUUGUUUCAAGAGCAAUGUCGGAUCGGAAACAAAUGGACCCAAAUUUCCCAGCUCAUUCCUGGUCGAUCGGAAAGCUCGGUGAAGAACCGUUGGCACAAUUUGAAGAUGGCUCGCAAGCGCCGGAUGCGAAUGGGAUCCACAAUGAAGACGUGCCAAAGAGUAACAGGUGGGCAUUUCUUCCACCACCAGCCAAUGCAAGAACCAAUGCAAGAAUUUGGGGUCGUUCCUGCUACUGUCCAAUCCCAAUCCACCCCUUCACCCUUUCAAGAAGUGUAG